AUGGGGGACAUCGUCAAGACCUUAUAUGGGCGGGAAUUGCAGGUCGUCAUGACCAGCAACAAUACUGCCCCGUUGAAUCCAAGCCUCGAAGCUAUUUCCCCUCUUCAUUUAGGUUUGAUGCAUUACCUCAAAUUUAUGUUCGUGGGCCUUUUGAGUGCUUUCUCACUCGGCAUGCCUUCUGACGUCGUUGCUAUUGCGGCGAACCGCACCAUGCAACCCCUCCCCCUUUCGCGCAGUGGUCGCUGGAUUAUAGAUGCGAAAAACCACACCGUACCGUUCGUAGGCGUCAACUGGCCUGGAGCGGGAGAGACUAUGCUUCCUGAAGGCUUGGGUCAUCAGUCGGUAGCAAGCAUCGUGCAGAAGAUAUCGGAGUUUGGGUUCAAUGCUGUUCGACUUACUUUUGCCAUUGAGAUGGUGGAUGAUAUUCUUGACAACGGUGGCGAUGUGACGCUCAAUGAUACGCUGACAAGGUCUAUGGGAGUAGAAAAUGGAACCAGCUUGAUGAUGGACAUUCUUUGGAAUAAUCCGCAGUUCACGGAGCAGACUACAAGAUUAGAGAUAUUUGACGCCGUAGCUGCAGAACUGGCUGCUCAGAAUAUAUAUCUGCACCUCGACAACCACGUUUCAAAAGCAAUGUGGUGCUGCGCUCUUGAUGACGGAAACUCGUGGUUUGGAGACCAAUAUUUCAAUACAACAACAUGGAUUCGUGGGCUUACUUACAUGGCAGACCACGGGAAAAGAAAUUGGCCGUCAUUUAGUAGCAUCGGCCUCCGCAAUGAACUCCGCCCAUCAUCCCUCUCUACCCCGGGUAUUGAACCCUAUAGCUGGAGCACAUGGAAAACCUAUAUGACAGCCGCCGCCACCGCCGUAUAUAAUGCUAACCCAGACAUCCUCAUAUUCUUCUCCGGCCUCGAGUCUGAUUUCAAUAUUGAGCCUGCAGUCGGGGGGUCCACACUUCUGGAUCGUGACUUCUCCUUCAAAGUUUGCUCAUACCCAUGGGCUCACAAACUCGUGUUUGAAAUGCAUGAAUAUGAUGAGCAUAUCUCGGGUAUCUGCGAACUUUAUAAAAAAGCGCUACUUCUUUUCGGAGCUGAUGCCACUACCAAGAAGACAGGAAAUGGGCCGGCGCCGCUGGUUAUUACCGAGUGGGGCCAUAGCCAACGAAAUGACAGUGAUAGUUAUAAGAGUUCUUAUAGUACGUGUUUGGCGGAAUUCAUGGUUGAAAGGCAGCUUGGCUGGAUGGUUUGGGUGUUGGCGGGGAGCUACUAUAUCAGGUCCGGGGUCCAGGGCUAUGAUGAGCCGUAUGGGCUUUUGGACCACAAUUGGGAUGAAUCCCGUGGUGAAGACUCUAUUGCUGCUAUUAAAAAGCUAAUUCAGGACACAUAUGCCGCGUAUGGCCAGUGA